AUGGUCAAUAAACUAUUCGGUCUCGCAGCUGGGCUGCUUGCGUUGAGCGGACUUGCCAAUGCCCACGGCUCGCAUUCAAAUGACGAAGCCCCCUCAGAUGAUUGGGCCACAAGACACAUGAUAGAGGAACACCACAUUGAAUCCUUCGACCCGAGCUCAUUCUUCAUCCUCCACGACUACGAUUCCUCGGGGACAUGGUCACAAGACGAAGUCCGCAAGACAUACGGCCUCAACGACGAAUCCAAUGCCGGUGUCAGUGAAGAAAAGAAACAAGAUGCCGUGCGAGCAGUGUUUGAGAUCUUCGACACUGGGCGCACUGGGUUUAUUAAUCGGGAGGACUGGCUGGCGGGGCUAGCUGCGGGUAACCGGCUUCCCGAUCUCGGUUACGGCCCUGGACAUCAUGGGGACCUUGAGUAUGAGUACGAAAUUCAUCACUUUGAGAAGUUCCACGGCGACGAUACCACGGAGGAGGACUUGACCCACCCGGAGGAUAUUGAACAUUUCCGCAAGCAUGACGAGGAGGAGGAUGCGGCUAUUGCCCUCGAUAAGCUGGAGCAGAUUCAAGUUGUCGUUGGUAACAUUCCUCAGAAAUUCCGCCGGAACUUUUAG